GAGCGAGAUGCCGCACUGCGCCGACUUUGUGCCGCUGGUCGUCGCCAACGCCUCCUCCGCCGACCUCCUCGACCGCGACAGGAGGGUCGCGGCGCAGUACCUCGACAAGCUGCAGGAGGGCCGGCGCUGGAUUCCGGACAGGUGCCGGGCGUCGCUGCGCAGCUUCAUCUGCCUGAUGGCCUUCGAGGGCUGCGCCAGCGGGCGCACGGUCCCCGUGUGCCGCCGCAUCUGCGACGCGUGGGUGGCC